AUGGCGUCACGGCCUUCCGAUGAGCGGACGUCCCAUGUGCCAAACACCACCCAGCUUCGAGCUCGUGAAUUCGUCGAGCUGCAUGAACAGGUCCAGACGAGCGUGAACUUGCUCGAUUCACUGGAGGGGUUUCUGUCGACCUUCCAGAAAGACCUGUCCGCCGUCUCUGGUCAGAUCUCCAACUUGCAGGACAGGAGUAAAGACAUCGACAACCGGCUAAAGAGUCGCAGAAAAAUAGAGAAGCCGCUGUCGAAUCUUAUAGCGGACCUGUCUAUACCCCCCGCUCUCGCAACACUCAUUCUCGACACCCGCGUCGAUGACACCUGGAUACCCGCAAUCGUGGAGUUUCAAAGGAGACUGGAUAUGCUCAAGUUCAGAGUCCGGGUCAAGGCCGCGAGAGACAUGUCGGAAGUAGCAGAGGGCUUACGGAUAGUGGCGGCCACCAAGCUGCGAACAUUCUUCCUGUCCAUGCUGGAGCCCAUUCGUUCUAGCAUGACCACGAACCUCCAAGUCCUGCAGAUGUCGGUGUGGAUGAAGUACCGGCCGCUGUUCGUGUUCCUCCAAGACACGCGGCCAACCACAGUGCGAACGUUCUAUGAGACUGGCUUCCGGAGAUAUCUGCGAGGACUUGGUUGGGUCAAGGCAAGAGUGGUGGAGAAGGCGGAACCCAUCACCAGCGGCAUUGAUGUACCGCAAACGCCAGGUCACGACCCCGGUCGACUUGCGUACGCGAAAGUGGACGGACCGAGUGUGACCAUGGCAUACGUGGCCGAGGACAAGAACUGCGUAUGUUUGCUAACCGCUAGAGUCGUACUACGCUCUGCGUUACUUGUCCUCAUGGACAACGCCACUGCAGAAUACACAUUCAUCACCACGUUCUUCGCAAGUGAGCCCCACGAGCCCCUUCCAACCAAGAGCGGUCCUGGCACACCGGCCAUGUCUCCUCCGGUGUUGUCUCCCACCCGUGGAGAAUUCGAAGAGCUCAGAUCGGACCAGGCUCGGAGAUUGGCAGCGAGUACAUGUCUCCACGCCAGCGGUGCUCAGCAUAUCCGGAGUCCUACGAAGGAGGAGCAGACCGCGUUGAACGCGCUGUGGAAACAAGCACUCGACCCCUCGCUUGAUCCUCCCCCACCCGCUAUCCCACUCCUCACCACCAUUCGUCUGACCGAAGACAUGGCCACGGAAGUGCAGCGGCGUGGAUGUGGCCCGCUGGAGACCUUCAUUUUCGCGCUCCGAAUCAAGAUGUGGCCCGCGUUCCAGAAACUCAUGGCCGAGCACAUCGACGCGCUCCGGAAGCUCGGAGAGAGUGCAGCCACAGGAGGGUACUUCCGCCGAGGCACAACGACAACGAACGAAGCGGUGGCGGUGGUGUGCCGACGCUACGUUGUGCUCUUCAACGCGUUUAUUGCACUCACAGACCAGUCCGAAGAAACGAUGAUAUUCGCAAACGUCCACACGGACAAGCUGCCGGACCUGCUGCUUCUCCAGGGCUUGAGUAACGGCCCCCGACCGACAAGUCACCCGAAGGCGCAGAGCGAACUCGCGUACUGGCGCGAGCGCGACGAAGAGUGCCGCCGGCGGGUGGUCUCCACCCACGGUCGCCGCUAG